GCCAUACAAUUCAACUAACAUAUAUAACGUCAUCUCCCCUUUCGCUCUUUCUCUCCCUCUCUCGAUCCUCAGAUCCGAUCAAUUUCUCUGCAAAAUAUAAACCCUAAACUUGAUCGUAAUCAACCGAUCAUGUCUUCAACAUUCUCCGGCGAUGAAACGGCUCCGUUCUUCGGCUUUCUCGGUGCCGCGGCCGCGUUAGUCUUCUCCUGUAUGGGGGCGGCGUACGGGACGGCGAAGAGCGGUGUUGGAGUGGCGUCUAUGGGAGUGAUGAGGCCAGAGCUCGUGAUGAAGUCUAUUGUGCCAGUUGUUAUGGCUGGAGUGUUGGGUAUUUACGGUUUGAUUAUCGCUGUGAUUAUCAGUACUGGAAUUAACCCUAAGGCUAAAUCCUAUUACCUUUUCGAUGGGUAUGCUCAUCUUUCCUCCGGUCUUGCUUGUGGCCUUGCUGGUCUUUCUGCUGGUAUGGCUAUCGGAAUCGUCGGUGAUGCUGGUGUUAGAGCCAAUGCACAACAACCAAAACUAUUUGUUGGGAUGAUCCUGAUCCUCAUUUUUGCUGAAGCUCUUGCUCUGUAUGGUCUCAUUGUUGGCAUCAUUCUUUCUUCUCGUGCUGGUCAAUCCAGAGCAGAUUAGAAGGUAUUCAUUCAGUGGCAUAAUCGUGUGUUCUACAGCUAUAACUUAUGUGUUUUUUUGAUCUUUCAUUUUGAGGAGAGUUGAAGCUGUAGUUAUGUCGUUUUUUCAUAAUUUGUGGGUGGUAAAUGGUGAUGAUAUGUGUGUUGAGGGGGUAGGGUGUAGGGUAGAUUGUGGGUUUUCACUAUAAUAAAGAUGUCUCAUACUCUCAUUACUCGUAUUAUUUAUUUAUUUGCAAACAACAUGUUGGGAUA